AUGUCUUCUCGAGAAGUUAUUCAUUCAAAUAAUAAUAAUAAACAUCAUAAUGGAAAUGAAGUUGAAUCACAUGAUGAAAAUAAAAAAGCAAUUUCACAAUCACAAGCAACACAAGAAAAUCUUGAAAAUAUAUUUAAUCCAAAAACUUAUGUUCCUGUAUUGAUGAACAAAAAAGCAAGAAUUGAAUUAGCUGCUGCUUAUCGAUUAGCUGCAAAAAAUGGAUGGUUAGAAUCAAUCUAUAAUCAUAUUACUUGUAAUGUAUCUGGUCCAAAUAAUUCACAUCAUCUAUUAAUUAAUCCUUUUGGUUUAAAUUAUCGUGAAAUUACAGCUUCAUCUUUGAUUAAAAUUGAUUUAGAUGGAAAUACAAUUCAUCCAGGCAUUGUUGGUGAUAUUUUUGGAAUAAAUAAAGCUGGUUUUGUUAUUCAUUCUUGUAUUCAUCGAGCUCGUCCAGAUAUUCGUUGUGUCAAUCAUAAUCAUAACUGGGCUGUCGCUGGACUUUCUGCAACAAAAAGUGGAGUUAUUGAAUUAGCACAAACAACACAUGUUACUGGAGAGAUUGCUUGUCAUGAUUAUGAAGGUAUUGUUAUAUCAUUAGAUGAACAAGAACGAAUUGUUCGUGAUUUGGGAAAUAAAGAUGUCAUGAUUUUUCGUAAUCAUGGUUUACUUACUUGUGGAUCAUCGAUUGGUAUUGCAUAUUAUCAUGCACUAACAUUAUGUGCUGCUGCACAAAUACAAUCACAUGCAUGUUCGAUGGCUAUGAAUAAAGAUAAUCUACUUAUACCAGAAGAUGAAUAUAUCAAACGAAGUAUGGCUAUUGCUAAACAUUUCACUAAUAAUUCAUCUGCUGAUUUGGAAUUUGCUGCCGCUAUGCGUGAACUUGAUUAUGAUCAAGAUCAUUCAACUUAUCCAGACUAUCGAAAUUAA